AUGGCAAGCAACGGCCUUACGGCGACGCCCUUGGGCCAACAGGGAGGCUUCAACUGGCUCUUUCUCGUCGACCUGAUCGUCUGCGGCAUCCUGGCGCUUUUCUUCAUCUUCUACUUCAAUCGCACCGUCUCGACCAUCAUCUCGUAUGCAAUCCGCGCCUGGACAUGGCACAAAUAUCGCGCCUACAUCGACAUCACUUCGUUCCAACUCUCGCUGUUAGGAGGCCGCCUCUUCUUCAAAUCCAUCCGAUACCAUGGCCACAAUCAGACAGUCUUCGUCCACGACGGCAACAUCACCUGGCGAUACUGGUUGCGCCAGGUCCAGGAACCCCUCAUCAUGCAGAAAGUCUCUCAACGCCACGAUUUGUCUGACACCGACCACGCCAGCUUUGAUGCAUCCCAGGAAAAGGCCAGACCUAGGAGUAAGAGCGUGGGAAGGGCUGAGACUGCCCACUUGGACGGACAACGCACUCUUCCUUGUCGUGUUUUCGUCAAAGUCAAGGGUGUAGAGGCUUUCUUGUACAAUCAGAGUCCCGUCUACGACAACAUAAUCGCCAACCUACAGAACAAGGCUCGCACAAAGGACCCGGACGUUCCGAGCGCAGACAUACCCAUGCAAGAUCCGACAAGGGAGAAGGUUCUAGUAGCAGACGGUCUGAACCGCCAGGAAACCUCGAGUAGCGUCGACGGCUCUCUUCUGGCCGAGACCGCGAGUAGGACCACAACUAGGACCACCACACACGAGACUGCCAUCCCAGCCUUCCUGAAGAUGUUCCCUAUUCAAAUCGAGUGCAAGAAAGCUGCUGCUGCUGUCGGCAACGACUUCACCCAGAGCAUACUUACUGCCAAGCUGGAAAAUGCGAGCGGAAGAAUUGACGCCGAUGAGGCUGGUGCUUUGGACCUGUACAAGCUCUUGUUCAACUUUGACUUUCACGAUAUCAAAGUCGCUCUCAAGCCAAACACAGACUACCAGAUGUCCCAGAUGCAGGCAGCUGCACGCCUGGACAAGGACGAAGACCCCAAAGCAAAGAAAGGCCGUGGUUUCUUCGGCCUACACCCGAUACGUCGAGCGGGAAAGAUUCUGCAUGCUCUGUUGCACGCCGUCAUGUGGCUCUUUACUUGGCAUCGCAGCUCCAAACGUUCUGUCAGGACUGCAUCGCUUCUCAGUGAAGACGAAAUCCCUGACGGAGAUUCUGCCAAGCUACCUGGCGAAGCACAAUGGCAAGGCCUGGCACGUUACCUGGACGAGACAGGCAAUGAGCACAAUGAAUGGGACGGUGUUGAAUACGCUAGAUUCUCCGAUGUUGCAGAUGUGAAGAAGGCGAGCAUGACCUUUUACUGGGAUGUUCCGGGAAAGGUCUCUAAAUCUCACCUUGCUGGUCAGUCUAAUCUCCUCGACGAAGUGAAUGGCCCAUCAGCACCCGAGUAUGGCUUGAAUCUGUCAGUCGACGGUGCCGUCAUCAAUUACGGUCCCUGGGCCGACAGACAACGAGUGACCCUGCAAAACGUUUUCUUUCCUGCUUCAUAUCAUGAUGCCGUUCCUACACAGCGCCUGACCGUUGACCAAAAUCGAGUCGCGACCGUGUUCAAGCUCUUUUUCUGUUUGGAAAGUGAAAUCACUCUUCGUAUCCCGACCCGUGAAGCAUCGAAAGACUGGAAAUGGCAAGGUCGAGCCGAAGGACAUCGCGCGCAGAAGGCCACUAAUGCUGGGAUUCGCAAGCGACGUGGCAAAGGAUCAAAGAAGUGGUUCAAGAAAGAGUCACAGACCACAGGUGCUGACAUACGUCCUUUCGGUUGGAUGGAUGUCAAAGUCGCUGCUGAUACCACUAUCAAUUAUGCGAUGGACAUGUACGCACGCAAGGAUGGUUAUCACAACACGUUGAGCCUCGAUGUCAAGGGCACCGAGAUAUCCUCUAGCGUCAACCAUGCCAUGUUAUGGAAAUCAGGAAACCUAUUGCUGGAAGGAGACCUUUCGAACCCUUUGCAAUGGAACGCUUUGCGCAAAUGGAUCUUCAAGAUCCAUUGCGAUGGUCUCGAUCUGUACAUGCUGCGCGAUCACAUGUUUCUGUUAACUGAUUUGAUUGCUGAUUGGGGCAUGGGACCACCGCCCGACUUCUACACUUUCGUCCCCUUCGUAUAUUCUCUGGAGAUCAACUUCAAGAACUUCGGACUCUUCCUCAACGCGAACGAUGCCAACAUUGUUAACGAUCCGUCAGACCUCGAAGACAACAACUUUCUCAUCCUCAACGGCAAAGAGCUCUAUGCCACGUUAGAAAUCCCUCUUGAUCAAUACAGGCCGGCUCAGAACGGAAUCAAGUUCGACGUACUUGCCAAGGACAUGUCUCUUGACAUCAGCAACCCUCCUCGCAUCACGCUGCAUAGUCUUCUGCGGCAGAAACGACUUGCAACACUGAAGAAGUUGACCUUAGGUGGUGGCCAUACACUCUUUGUCGAACAAGCGCCAGGUCUGGUAGACAUGCUGCAGAUGGACAUAUGCGGAAGCGACUUGGAACUUCAAGCCUUCGGCUACUUGGUACGCAUGUUCAUCAAUGUCAAAGAAAAUUACUUUGGAGAAUUCCUGCAUUUCAAGACGCUCGAAGAAUAUCAAAAUGCCGGGUCAGAUGCUGCAAACGCUGAGACAAACAUGGUUGGUAGGUUCGCCUUCAGGCCAGCCAAUGAUCUAGACGUUGUUCUUUGCAUCACCGCUGAGCAUCCUGUCAUCAUGCUACCAGCAAAUCUCUACUCAGCAGAGACUUUCAUCAAGCUUGAGCUACCUGUGGCCUCGAUGGAUCUCCGAGUUGCCAACUAUUAUCUCGAUCUUGCGGUCGACAUCAGUCCAGUAACUGUGUCUUGGUCUGGUAUACACAAUGACGAAGACGAAUUCGAUGAUUCAGCACCGCAGAUCAUUCUCGAAAACGCAAGCGUCUCUGGCCAUCGCCUCUUUGGUCUUCCACCAACUGAGCCUGCGUACGUCUCGAAUUGGGAUGUUACUCUUGGCAACGUAUCAGGAGAGUGCUCGCUCGAUUUUAUACAGCAUCUAGCCAAGGCUGGACGAGCAGUGGCUUUUGCACUCGAUGAUUUCGAGAACGCUUUGCCGCUGGCACAGACUGCAGAGAUACCAGAAGCGGUCUUCUUGCAGCUCAGGACAGGUUCUAUCUGCCUAUGGCUGAACGAGGGCAAGUCCGCCAUACGUCUCUAUUCGGAGCCUGUUACACUCAAUCAGAACGAUCGCGCUGAUGUCCUGUUUUCAUCUCGCUUGCAUCUUCAGAUUCCCAACAUCACCGUGACUUGCGUCGACUCAAACUCAAUGGCUCACCGAGGGUCUCGUGGUGACGUGCAGCCGGCAAAGUGCAUUGCUUUCGUCCAAACCAGCCUCGAUAUGUCAAUGCUACAAAGGAAAGCACACUUCAACGCUGAGCGUGAGAAACAACAAACUCACAUCCGCCAACAAGAUCUAAGGACUGGCAGAGCGAAGUUCUUGAUAGCGGGCAGUGGGUCAAAGGCUGGAGGCGAUCAAAUGCACAAUGAGGAAGAAGAAGAAGAAGAAGAAGAAGAAGAAGAAGAAAAAGAGGCAAUGUUGCCAGAUCCACCUUCUAUGGCACUUCCCAAACUUCCUGAUCCUCUUAGGAAAAGGCUCCUGAAGAUGCGUUUAGCACCCGAUGGUUCUAUCAAGUCAUCCAUCAGCUCCAACUCCUCAAUCAACAAAAUCUCCACUCAAAAGGCCCUUCCCAAAGGAGACCUUGAUGACGUGGAGCACUCUCGCNCCCCGUUGUAUUACUCCAACUCAACAGCUUCUCAACCUUUAGGUACUGUAGGCUUGUGGAGCCCGUUUUCUGUCCCAGAUCCUCGAGUUCUUGAUGUCUCCGCCGACUUGAGCAAAGUACCGCAAUUCUCGACAGUAGUUGAUGAAGCCGAAGAUAUGUCUGAAACCACUUCGCAAAGUGAUUUGAGCAUCAACCUGGAUCAGAAUGGAGAGCUAGAUCAACAAACGUUCAUGAUCCGCAUGAUACCCGGUGUACGCAUAUAUGUUGAGCCUCGCAUAAGCGAGACUGUUGUGAACAUUGUCACUGCUUUGCAGCCGAAGCGCUCGGAGGAUGUGAUUGACACUUUCCAGAUGGAUGUUAUGGGAAAAGUUCAACAAGUCCAAGACCAGAGAAAGAGCCGCCGUGGUAUUGUCGAGUUGAACUUGAUUGUACCUAGCAUUGACGCUAGACUAUUCAACGACCAGAACCUUCACACGAGUCGAACAACAGCCGUGCCGGUGCAAGAUCAGCUGGAUGUUGGUUUGAGUCAUCUCAAUCUGACGCUUCGAUUCAAGCCCAUACCCGACACCGAGACCGGGACGGCACUGACUAUGCAUUUGACCUUGGAUUCUGCACUUGCUAAAUUCUCUAAUCCCCUGGAGAAGUGUAAAACAUCUGACUAUGCGAUUCGUCUUGGCUUCGAUGACGUCCUCAUCUGGAUGGUUCUGGCCAAAUCGAAGUCAGUACACGUGUCGUUCAAGGAUCUGUUAGGUGUCAUCUCAGGCAAUCAAGCGGACUAUCUGGCAUCUGUCUUCUCUCGAUAUGCAGCCAUCGGUGCCCAGAUUCAAAAACAAGCCGAUGCAGUCGAGAUUGGUUCAAAGGCGCGACUGAGAAACCUAACAGACUAUCUCACUGAGCAUGCCGAUGUCUCCACUGAUCCACCAUACCUUUCACGCAUGACUUAUGUACUUCGAGCCUUUCCAGAUCAUUUCCGCAAUCAAGAAUCGUGGAAGAUUGUUGCUCGAUUCCGGCACAUAUACGAGUGUCUGUCAGAUGAGAGCCACGUUCUUCUGGAACAACAGCUUGCUGACGGCACUGAUGAACUGAAAAAGACAUCAUCCAUUCUCGAAACCUGGGCAGCAUGGUGCAGCUGGGACAUUCCAAAUGUAGAGCAGACCCAAAUCUUCAAGCUUCUGCUAGGUGAUGUCGAAGCUAUGAUUCCGGAAGAAGAUAUCGAACCGCUUGACCUCACUUUGCGUGCCGGAGUUGUACGUAUAGCUGUUGAAUCGGAAAAGGCAUCAAGUGAAAUCUCACUUGGCAGUCUCUCCAUCGGCAUUACUGUCAUACCUCCAAGCUUGCCUUCGGGGCUUAUGCUUGUUGAGGAGAACUUGAGAUCCAAAACUGUCUUCCAAGCCCACACCGCGGCGUCAGUACUUCGACUCAAUUGGGACAUCUUGGAGCAAGUAGAUGCCUUCAUCGACAUUUAUUUCGAACAAGUCAGUCACACGCUCGAUGCUCUAGAUGCACUGCCAGAUCCGCCACAGAAGCAAGCAAUGGAAGAUCUUUCGUUCAGACAGGACUUCCAUGUCGUUCUGUCUACGGACGAAGGCAGCAUUGAGCUGAACACCAUCAACUUGAGACAUAUAUCCACAUGCAACAACCUCAAGCUGUCUCUGAUAGGUUCUGACAAGGCCUCUCAAGAUUACGGUGAAUGCAUUAGUCUGCUUAUCUCGGCAAGAAAGGCAUUCACCGAAUUGCAUGGUCCCGAUCAAAGGGUGUGGCGUACAGAUCUAGUGUCACCAAGCAUCUACAUUGAUGUGAAACAGACGAUUCGCGAAUACACAACUGCCGUCAACGUUGGGGGAUCCUAUGAGCAGCUGCACAUCUCGCUCGAACAAGAGACACUAGGACUGCUAGAGGUUGUAGAUCAAUUGCUGGCCGAUGAAGUAGCACACAUCUUGCGCUUCCAGCAACACAUACAAGAAGAACAGAAGAAGAGCGUCGCCACGCGGGGUCCGUCCAAGCCAGAUCGUGAGUUGAAACUGAAUGUGGCUUUCCUGGCCGGAUCGUUCUCUCUCAAUGUCGCGUUACUCAAAGCACUAAACUUAUCAGUGCGAGGAGACACUGCAAAUCUACGUGUUCGACCCAUGUCCGGAUCUAACUCCACCUGGUCUGUUGAGCUUCAUCUUGGUGCCAUGGAACAGGCUUUUGUACGCAAGGAAGACGGAGCCAAAAGACAAAGAGCUGUCUUCCAUACUCCACCUGCCACUAGUACUUUAAACCUCGAGUUGACGGAAAAGAAAAUCGGCAUCGACUUCACGGGCAUUAUGGAUGAAGUGCUAUUGGAAGCAUCUGCUGUCCAAAGUGUCUUGACAAUUCUGAACAGACCCGAGGUCCAGGGUGUUCUCGAAGCGAUCAGAGAUCAAGUUUCAGACUUGCAAAAGAGAGUGGAGAAGACACUAGCAACAGAUAAAAAGGACGUCAAGCCCAAGUCUGUGGCUGAAGAGAUCCGGCUGAUUGUCUAUGAUGUCAACACGACUCUGGCAGGCUUCAAGGUUGUCGCCAUUGCUCCUGUGUUGACAGCCGGCAAGGCACGUGCCGAGUUGACAUUCGGUCUUGGAGCUGUACAAGCGUCAGUGACGAAUAAGACUCGGAACGCAAGCGACUCCUUCCCUGACAUACACGGCAAAAUUCAGGACAUUGGUGCUGUCUUGACUCUGAUCGAGGAUGGACAGCGUCGUCCCUGUGGCCAUGUUACUGUCAGUGUCGCAGUGGAUUGUUGCACCCAAGAACCUGCAUCAGGACCUAUUACACGAGACAUUAAAGCACGCAGUGAGUCUUUCGAUGUAUUCGCUUAUGCCGAUACAGCGUCGACUAUUGUGGAUAUUGUGACACACGUACACCGCAAGAUCCUCGAUCUUGACCUCUCGAAAGAGGUUGAGUAUCUCAGAAGGCUGAGAAAGCGUCGAGCCAAACGGCGAAAGUCCAUCGCUGUGCCUGCACCAGACUCAAUCAAGGAGGAAGAAGACGAAGAGGCUGUGGUGGACAUGCCAUCUGCACGACCUGCACUUCUUGACUUCUCUCUGGAUCUACGUAAGAUUCGCAUUGUCUGGGUAGUCAUCAGAAAUCGAUCGACUGCCGGUGACCAAGAGCCCCAGGAUCUAGAAGUGUCCUUCUCUCGCGUAAACCUUGCCAUUCAAAAACAAAACGAGGCGCGUCUGUCCAUUCAAGAUUUGCAGGUUCAGGUCGUACCUAAAAAACACAAAGCCUUUGAGAGAUCUGAGAACUCGGCUUUGUUGCCAGAAGUUGUCUUCACCGUCAGAUACGAAAGUGGUAAAGAAGGUGUUCGUAUCGCGUGUCAAGCUGCGGGUCAAGCCCUUGAUAUUCGCUUGGAUUCAGGAUUUGUUGUGCCUGUAAGCAUGCUACAGAAAUCUAUAUCUGCGGCAAUCGACCAAUACCGUGCUGCAAAGCUGAGCUGGCAAGCCGAUGCAACUCCAGACGAAAACAAGUCAACACCGCGGGCUAGUCCCUUUGGUGACAAACGUUUGGCUUCAGUACAGGCCGACGUUAACUUCAAGGGUGCCCUGUUCUAUAUCCAAGGAGACGCACCUACUCAAUCUAAUACUGCUCUUCGACCUGCACAUAUCGAUCUACCAUACAAACGCAACCGCGCAAACAGCCACGCUUCGCAAGAUAACAUCGAUACGUCGUUACGAGCUCCUGGCAUCGCCAUCAAGGUCGAGUACUCGAACCUUCCCGAAAAAGAGCAGAUCCUCAAUGGUGAGAUCAAGGUGGAUGCGUCAAGCAACACGGUCUACCCAGAACUUGUUCCUAUUGUUCUUCAAAUCACACAUGGUAUCAAAGAGGUUGUCAGAUAUGGCGAGGAGGAACGCAAGACUCCUUCUACUCCCAAAAUCGCACAAGAACAAGCCUUGAAGUUACAGAGACUUCGUGGCGAGGACGACUCUUUGCUCAUCUCCGAUCCAAGCCAGUUUUUGGGUCAGAUGAAACUCAACCUGGGACUACGCAUCUGCAAGCAAGAAUUUGGUCUGAGUUGUCAACCGCUCGCUCGCGUCAACGCAAAGUCGCAGAUUGAAGACAUCUACAUCACCAUGAGCACCAUCAACUCCCACCAAUUCGGACACUUCUUUGCUCUAUCGGCCACAGUGACUAAGCUUGGCGCUUCCGUACAGCACGUCUACUCCCGAGAAUCUACAUUCAGCUUCGAUAUGGAAUCAAUAUCAAUGUCGCUCAUGAAUAGUAGACAUUUGACUGGCGGCUCCAGUGGUGUUUCAAUGGUGCUCAAGGUGUCCCCUACCAGGACUGCAUUGAAUGUACGUCAGAUUCAAGACCUUCUACUCUUCCGAGAGAUCUGGUUCCCACCAGAGUUGCGAGACGCGAGUGGGAUGUCGGCAGAACCAUCAACCCAAGCGCCUGACAAAAUGGCCGUACAAAGGUACCAGCAGGUCAGUGCCGCUGCUGCAUUCCCUUGGAACGCCACUAUCGCUGUUGCCGAGCUUGCCGUUGAUCUCGACCUGGGUCAAAGUAUUGGCAAGUCAUCAUUGAGCAUCAAGAACCUUUGGGCAUCAUCCAAGAAAUCUUCUACCUGGAAGCAAGACUUGUGUAUUGGGGUAGACCAGGUCAGCAUCAACAGUACCGGUCGCAUGAGCGGCUUUGUAGAUUUGAGCGACGUGUCUGUGCGAACAUCAAUCGAGUGGCCAAGUGCUGAUCGACAGGAGCACAAAGCACCUUUGAUCCAAGCUGCGAUUGGUUUUGGCAGAAUCUCAGCAAAGACCGCUCUGGAUUAUCAACCUUUUGCAUUUGCCGACAUUGAGGCUUUUAAUUUCCUCAUGUAUAAUGUGAGAGAUGGCGCGUAUGCUCCUGAUCGGUUGAAAGCUAUUCUUGAGGGCGAGAAAGUGUACGUCUUCUGCACCGCAACCAGUCCAGCUCAAGCUGUUGGCUUGUAUCAGGCCUUUGACCGUCUCAUCCAAGAAAAGCAGACAGCUUACAGUCAAUCAAUGGUUGAUUUGGACAAGCAAUUGAGGAGACGAUCGGUGAACAAAGCACGAACCAAGUCAGCACCAUCGCCGCCAGCACCUAUCCGCAGACACACGACCGAAAGAAGCAAGAGCAAGUUCCCAAUCACGCUGGACACCGAUGUCAUGGUCAUGUUGAAAUCCGUCUGCUUUGGCGCAUUCCCCAGUACCUUCUUCGAUAACCAGAUUCUCAAGAUGGAGGCAUCCGAGAUCCAAGCACGCUUUGCCGUAGGAGUUGAGGACGAGCGCGUGCACAGUAACCUCAGUAUGACGCUCGGACAACUCCAAGUCGCACUUGCUCAGGUCAAAAGAGUCAGCGUACCCAAAACACUCGGAGACAUCUCCAUCGAAGAGGUCAUAGGAAGCGCCACAGGCGCCAAGGGCGGCAUCAUCCUUCGCGUCCCCAAAGUCAUUGCUUCCAUGCAAACGUGGCAGCAACCGCAAUCGAACAACAUUGACUUUAUCUUCAAGAGUUUGUUUGAAGGCAAGGUCGACGUCGGCUGGAAUUACUCGCGCAUCAGCUUCAUCAGAGGGAUGUGGGAAACGCACUCGCGAACGCUCGCUUCCAGACUCGGCAAACCUUUACCUGAGUCCGCGGUCAAGAUCACCGCAAACGGACCACAAAAGAAUGACUCUUCAUCCUCAACGCAGGAAGUUGCAGACAAGACGCCUGGACACGGCGAACAAGGCAAGAUUACCGCUGUUGUCAAUGUCCCACAGUCCAAGUUUGAAUAUACUGCGCUUGAGCCCNCCAUCAUUGAGACACCACAGUUGAGGGAUAUGGGCGAGGCUACUCCACCGCUUGAGUGGAUUGGAUUACACAGAGAAAGGUUGCCGAAUGUGACUCAUCAGGUUGUUAUUGUCGCCCUGUUGGAGAUUGCGAAAGAGGUUGAGGAUGCCUAUGAGAGGAUCUUGGGGUCGUCGUGA